AUGAAAAGCCGAUGCUUGCAAACGUCAUAUUUCCCUGAAGACCACACUGGAGAGAAUCUGUCUCAGGGUUUGAGAGAUGCUCUGGCUUCCUGGGGACUUUGUGAGGAGCAGCAAGUGUCAAUCACCACUGACAACGGAUCGAACAUUGUGAAGGCUGUCACUCUAAACAAAUGGACAAGAUUACAAUGCUUUGGACAUAGACUGCAUCUUGCAAUCGAAAAUGCAGUUAAGGAUGACUCUCGCAUUUCCAGAGCCACAGCUGAUCGCAAAACAAGACACCUGGUUCCACAAUGGCAGGACACAGAUGUCCUUGAAUCUCCAGUUCUUCAUCUGUUCAGCACAAAGAUACUGGCUGUGAAUGAUGAGGAUUCUGACCUGACCAACACAAUAAAAUCCAAAAUUCUUGAGUACCUUAAUAAAAAUUAUGAUGAUGAAGAUACACAAGAACUGCUGGAUAUGGCGUCAUUCCUAGAUCCAAGAUUCAAGACAAAUUACAUUGCUGUAGACAAACUUCCAAACAUCAGGGCCAAGGUGAUGUCUGAUAUGAAAGAAGUAUCACAGAAGGAUGCAGUGAAUUCUGAGAGCACCACAGGGAGACAGAAUGUAGACACAGACCUACCUUCAUCAGCAAAAAAAACAAAGAAGUCUCUGGGAAGCUUUUUUAAGACUGUCUCAGCCAUGCCAGCAUCUCUGCAGCUUGAAGAAGCCAUUGCCUCUGAGAUGAACAGCUACCUGCUUACUCCCUCUAUCGACAGUGAGGAAGAUCCUCUUCAGUGGUGGAAACUACAUCAAAUUAACUUCCCAAGAUUGAGCAAGCUUGCUCAAAAAUAUCUGUGCAUUCCAGCUACAAGCUCACCAUCUGAGAGGGUGUUUAGCACUGGAGGGAAUGUGGUGACAUGCCAACGUUUAUGCUUGAAACCAGAAAUGGUGGACAUGCUUGUUUUCCUUAGCAGAAAACCUUUAAACAUUUAAAGCAGCUAGAUUCUGCCACUGUUCUAAUUUGUAGUUAUUUUGGAGACUUUAGUCUGGGUUGUUUUUUUGUUGUU